AUGGAAGCCCGAGUGACGAAGAGAGACAAGAAAGUGCAUCUGAGCUACGAGCUCAGGCAUCGCACCCACUCCGCGCAGCUAUAUCCCCUCUCCACACCCAACGACUCCAUCCUCGUAGUCUGCGCCUAUGACCGAGGCAUACGACUCAUAUGGCGUGGUGGUAGGCUUCGGAAGGAAAUGAAGUCACAGGGACCCAAUGGCCGGCAGAGGCCGCCGGAGAUCAUAGUUCUCGACGAUGACGAAGAAGAGCAACAAGCUCAAGCACCAUCAGAUCUUGAUGCCUUUGAGCGCACAGAUGAGGAGAUCGACCCGGACUGUCCUUAUCCAAGCAUAACACAGCAUGUUGAUGUCGUCCUCGACUCGGAGGUCCUGCAUCUGGCCGUCCCUCUCUUGCCCACCGCCUCAAUCAGACCAAGCGAUGCGCUACGGAAACACGCCGCUAUUGCUGUAUCAUGUGAUGAUGGAUCACAAAGGGUUCUGACCUUCGACUUGCUGCCACCUUCUAACGAUGACAAGGACGACUAUGCCAAUGAUAUCAGGGAUCGACAAAUUCACUUUCCAUCGGCAGGCGCGGAGUGUACUGCACUCGCCGCCAAGAUAGUCUUGACGCAAGGUCAUUCGGACCAACACGUCACAAGCCUUCUCCUUGUAUCGACAGCCUCGAACUUGCUCCAAAUAUACAGAUUCGCAGUGUUUGACAGUCUGACAGACCUUCAGCAGGAUGCAGAGCUGCAGACCGCUCAAUUGCCACACCAGGCCAAGUCCGUUCAGUUUCAUCCAUUGGCAACCUCUACACAGCUCCUAUUGACUGACCAAUCGGGCGCCGUGCGCGUCUACUAUCCUUUCACAACUAGCGACAGUCCAAAUACUGCAACAUCAGCACCUAUCGAGGACGAGGCUCAAUUGGGCGAGCAAGGCAAGUGGAUCACGGCCUUCACAAGCUCGUUUGCCUCAAAAGCUGGGAAGCCACCCCGCCGUAAGCAGGUUCUGGCUGCGCAGUGGAUACGAAGCGGUCGCGCAAUACUUGCGUUACUGGACGAUGGCGAAUGGGGCAUCUGGGAAGUCUAUGGUAACGUCCCUGCUGGGAAAUCUGCCAAUGACUUCGUGGUACGAGGCUAUUUAGGCGCAUCAGCUGCAGCUGAACCAUCGUCGUCUGGCAAACAGUCAAAGAAUGCUGCAAAGCUCGCCCCGAUGACCCCAAAUACUCGAAAGGUCAAGUCGGAGAACUUCUUCAGUGGCGCAACGAAGGCGCCCACAAUGGGGCAAGCGAAAGGCGGCAUCUCCGUAUCCACUAGUAGUGUACGCGCCGGCCAGACGGACGAAAGCGUCGUGAUGUGGUACAACAGCGACAUCUACUGCAUACCAAGCUUACAGCAAUUCUGGCAGCGCAGUACCAACACAAGCAGCAACCACAAUUUUGGCUCUCUAUACGCACCAGGCUUGACACACAUCACCGAUGUCAACCUAUUCAACGAGUCCGUCACAUCUAUCUCACAAUUCGCCGCUAAUGCCGCGAACUCCGGAGUCGGCCAUAUGAACACCCAGCGGGAUCUGCUCAUUGCCACGGAAUAUCGUCUCUCCAUCUUGCAAAGUCUGCGGCCUGCGGAUACGCCGGCUCGACAGCUCUUCCAGCCUCAGGGAGGUCUUGCGGACGCUCCUGCUGUUCGUGAUCAGGACAUGCUGGAUGCCGGACAGCUGGAUGUUGGUGGACUGGAUCGCAUGCUCGAUAGUAUGGCCAAUGGUGAUGCUCGACCAAGAAGAGUUGGUUUUGCUCGUUGA